AUGGAAUCGGAAGAGAAGCGAACUCAUGCAAAUGUUGUAGUUCGAUGGAUUUACACGAUUCACGAUAAUAUACAAUUGUACAUCAUUGAGCCAUUAGGAACAGCGAAGCGAUUUUUGGUUUUAGUAACACUCUUUUUGCCCGUCAUUAUCACUACGCCAAUGCUCUUUGUCGGCAGAAGGAGAGAAGGAGGUAGACGAAGAGGCAGAAAGAUGGCAAAAGCAGAAGGAGGUACGCGGUGGGGUGCAUUAUGGUGGUAUGGAUUUUUGGUCAAACAAAUGGAACGUGCUGGACCAACAUUUAUCAAACUUGCCCAAUGGGCUGGAUCACGACAAGACCUAUUUCCGAAAGAACUAUGCGAUCUGCUCGGCAAACUUCAUUCGAACGGAAAACCUCAUUCGCUAGCAUAUACUAAGAAAGUCAUCGAACGUGUUUUCGGUCGUCCUUGCGAUGAAGUUUUUGAGGAUUUUCCGGAUGAGCCACUUGGGAUUGGUGCAGUUGCGCAAGUGUACAAAGCUACUUUACGACCUGAUCUCAUCCCGCCUAAAUAUCUUGAGCAAAAGCAUAAACGAUCCGGAAGUCAAUUGUCAGACCAACUUGCAUUAUCAGCCGAUGAUGAAAGGCCACCUCCAGCCAUUCCAACAGCUUCAGUAGCUAUCAAGAUCUUACAUCCAAAAGCUCAUCGAACUAUUACGCGGGAUAUUCGAAUCAUGACAUUUUUCGCCAGCAUGCUAAACCUCUUUCCAGGAGCACAAUGGCUCUCGUUUCCAGAAGAAGUUGAAGUCUUUUCGGAAAUGAUGUUUAGCCAGUUGGAUUUGCGUAAUGAAGCAGCAAAUUUGGAUCGAUUUGAAAAUAAUUUCAUCAAACGUGGUAGUGCGAUUUCCUUCCCAAGACCUCUGAUCGCUUUCACAUCAAAAGAGAUUCUGAUAGAAGAAUAUGAAGAUGCGCUGCCAUUGAAGCAUUUUCUGAAUCUAGGAGGAGCGGGAUUUGAUCAUCGAAUUGCAAAUUUAGGCUUGGAUGCAUUUUUGAGCAUGUUGCUCUUGGAUAACUUCACCCAUGCAGAUUUGCAUCCGGGUAACAUUAUGAUCAAAUUUUAUCGUCCUACGACCAAAUCAUUAUUGCGACAUCUAUUCACAAGAAUUUUGUCCAAAUUUGAAAAAGAUUACGCAACUGGGACAUCAAAUCUUUCUUCAAUCGACGAUCAAACCGAGAAAUCCGUCGUUCAUGAUUUGAUGAAAGUUAAACAUGAUCAAGAUGCUUGGCUUGAUGAAUUGGAUCGAUUAGACGAACUUGGCUAUCAACCUGAAUUAGUGUUCUUGGACGCAGGAUUAACCGUUGCCCUUUCACCAACAAAUCGAAAGAACUUUUUAGAACUGUUUAGUGCGGUUGCCGAAUUCGAUGGAGCUUUGGCUGGCCAUCUGAUGGUGGAACGUUGUCGAACGCCUGAAUUGGUGAUCGACGAGGAUACUUUUGCGUUAAAGAUGCAAGAUUUAGUCUUGAGCGUAAAGAGUAAAACAUUCAGUUUGGCAAAGAUCAAGAUUGGCGACGUUCUGAGUCAAGUUCUUGCAGCUGUUCGUGAACACCACGUCAAAAUGGAAGCGGAUUUCGUAAACACUGUGAUUUCGAUUUUAUUAUUGGAAGGUAUUGGAAGACAAUUGGAUCCUUCGAUGGAUCUGUUCAAGUCUGCUUUGCCUAUUUUACGUAACUUAGGUCGCGAGAUGGCAAUGCAAGAAGGAGGUGGCAUGCUAGCCCAUAGGCAUGAUAUCAAAAAUCUAUCUCCAAUGAUCAAAUUAUGGUUCUGGAUGGAAGCACGUUCUUGGCUUUUGGGCGUAGCAGAUCGUGCGAGCGUAGAUGCAUUUGUUCGAUACGACUGGUUAUCAACAUCUGCCUGA